AUGAACGGGGCAGAAACACGGAUAUACGGUGAAUCGCAUACGCUGGGCCAGCUCCCCACGCCUUCCUCGACGCCCGAACCGGACGAUGUGGCACCUCCGAGUGGCCGCCGCGCCCAUGAAGCCAAAAGCGAGGAACCGCUGCAGAACAUGACGAAUGGCGCCAAAGCCGAGCCAAACAGCGCAAUCAGCUCCAGUGCGCCGAGCAGGAGGCCCAGCGUACACGAAGAGGCCAUUCUCUCCGACACCAGCGAGAAGAUACGGCCUAUCAAGCGGCCUGGAGACGGGCGGCGGAGGAGCAGCGUUUCCGAGCACGAGAAGAUUCUCAAACUCAGUCCUCGCCAGAUCCAGGAACUCACGAGCGAGCCUGCGAGCAUUCCCAUCCGAGCAGCCACGCCGAUUCUCGAAGACGAGCUGGAAGACGCCACGCCGCUGGAAGAUGGCGAUGACCAGGGCAGCAACAAGCUCUUGGGUGUUGUGCUAGAGCGACCGGUGGAGCUGAAUGGCGAGGCGAAGAGAGAGAAGGGAUCAAGAGGGCGGGGUGGGCCGCGAGAGAAAGAAGUCGUCCUGAUCAAGACACCUGCAACUGAACUGCGCAACGGCCGCCCGGUGCUUUCCUCACGAUCCGUCACUACGCCCUCGCUCCCACGAAGGACCACGUCAAGGUCGCGAUCACGCACACACAACCAGACACAAGAGACUGAGGAUCGGAGGCAUGGCAGGCAUGUUCCUCCACCCUUGAGUCUGGACCACAGAGAUGGCACGUCCAAGGGCCAUGACCGACACAAGGAGACGCGCGAGAUACGUGAGCAGGUCUCUCCGACACAAAUCGCCCUCCCGCUGCCGCCAAUGUCGAUGCCUACCUUUCUCUCCCUAGAACUCUCUGCGAGUCGUCCCUCUCCAUUGUACAUAUACCGCCCAGCGACGACAGACUUUCCAUACGAAACAUCCGAGAUCAAGUACGAGCGCUUGCUCAACUUCCUGAGGAUACCGCUGAAGAUCGAGGGCAUACUUGGAUUUGGAGCGCUAGCUUGUCUGGACGCAUGGAUGCACGUCUUGACAAUCCUGCCCCUUCGCUUUCUGCUCGCCAUCGCCAUUCUUGUCAAAUGGUGGGGUUCAGUCAUCGUGAAGGAGUUUCGCGAUCUUUGGGCUUUUGUGUACGAUGGCCUUCCUCGCCUUUGGCAGCGCAGAAAGCAGACCGAUGGCCCUACACCAUUACCAACACCAGCCGAGGAGGUGCCUCCGUCCAUGUCACGGAAGCCAUCUUCCUCAACUGUUCCCUCAGCCAACGCCACAGCUAGGCAGAAUCCUCAGAUGUCGACGACUUUCAAGUUUCCAGACAUGAACGAGCUCAGGGCGCGCCGGCCUCGAAACUCCCGAUUCCGUCACCGCCGUACCAAGUCCACGCCUUCUACACUACAACCCAGCCACAAAGCAGACAUACUGAAAGGUCUACUGGUCAUUGCCAGCUGCUUCGUCUUGAUGCGCUUCGACGCGAGUCGCAUGUAUCAUGGCAUUCGUGGACAGUCAGCUAUCAAGCUGUACGUCAUCUACAACGUCCUCGAGGUCUGUGAUCGCCUGCUCUCAGCCGUCGGUCAAGAUGUGCUGGAAUGCCUCUUUUCUCGCGAGACGCUAGACCGUAAUCCCGACGGCAGGAGCAAGGUCCUCCGUCCAUUUGGAAUGUUCGCACUUGCACUGGUAUACACUGUCGCUCAUGCUACCGCGCUGUUCUACCAAGUGAUAACGCUGAACGUGGCCGUCAACUCCUAUUCCAACGCACUACUGACGCUCUUGAUGUCCAACCAGUUCGUCGAAAUCAAGGGCACGGUGUUCAAGAAAUUUGAGAAGGAGAACCUUUUCCAGAUCACCUGCGCAGAUAUCGUAGAGCGCUUCCAGCUCUGGCUUAUGCUUCUCAUCAUUGCAAUGCGCAACGUCGUCGAAGUUGGUGGAUUGAGCAUUCAAAGCAGCGACACCUCUUGGACAGCCAUGUUCACAGGUUCUGCCAACGUUUCUUCUGCGACCUCGUUCAAGGCUACGAGUAUCAUACCUAUGAGCUUUACUAUCUUUCCAAAGUACAUUGCACAGGUACUCAAUCCGUUCCUGCUGGUGUUGGGUAGCGAGAUGUUUGUCGAUUGGCUGAAGCAUGCGUACAUUACCAAGUUCAAUCAGUACAAGCCAGAGGCUUUUGCUGACGCGGACUUGACACGACGUCUUGGUCUGCCAGUUAUACCACUGUCAUGCCUCUUCAUACGUGCUGCCAUCCAAACCUACCACAUGUUCAUUGCGAUGCACAUGCCGCCCCCCCUCCACACCACAUCAACAUCCCUCUCUUCGGACCCGACAUCCUCCCCCACAACGACCGCAGCACUAGCCCACAUCGACCACGUCUUCCGCCGCGCCCUAGGUCGCUCCUCCUUCGGUGCCGGCAUCCCCUCCCAAGCCUGGUACAAUCCAUUCUCCUACACGCUCGACGACCUCAUCGCCGGCUCCACCAUGCUCAUCGUCUUCCUCGUCGGCUACCUCAUCUUCCUCGCUUUCAAACUCAUUCUCGGUAUGCUCCUCCUAUCUGUCAGCCGUAAACGGUACCACGGUAUGCAGGAGCGAGAGAAGAUGAACGUGGAAACAGGGGGUAAGAGAAUUGGGGGCUGGGGCGUUGUAGACGUCGAUGAGGAGAAGAGGAAGGUGAUUUACGAUGACGACCCUGAGACGCUGAAGAGGUUGAGGGAGAGAGAUGAGAAAAGUAGGAAGAAGGAGGCGGAGGAGAGGGAGAGAGGGACAAGUUUUGGGCAUGUUAGUCGGUAUGCUAUGGUUGCCAAGAGGAUUUGGUGA